AUGGCGUCAUUAGGAGAUAUAAUUAAGUUAGGUAAGGAGAUCGGAUUGGAAGGAGAAGAUUUGAGAAACUUCGCGUUAACAAGAGAACAAGAACUGAAGGAAGAAAAGCACGCAGGAUGGGAUCAAGAUGUAUGGGCUGUUAGUCUAUCGUCACUUUUGCAAGGAAAAGCAUUAGAGGCUUAUCAGCAUUUAUCUCCCACCGAAGUAAAAGACUAUGAAUCUGUUAAAGGAGCCUUGCUCAAAUGUUUUCAGUGUACGGCUGAAGGUUAUCGCUCUAGAUUUAGAAAUGCUAAAUUUUUCAAAGGUGAAUCCGGUAUGCAGUUUGGUAAUCGCUUGAAGAACUACUUGAAACGGUGGAUUGAUCUGUCAGGGGGAGAGAAGUCGUACGAUGGAUUGAUGGAUUUAGUGCUCAUGGAACAAUACAUGAAUGCGUGUGAUAAGAGUAUGAUUCUAUUCUUAAAAGAACAUGAAGUUAAGAAUUUUGAAGAUCUAAUUAAAUAUGCAGAAUUGUAUGUUGAAGCGCACGGUAAUCCGAGCAAGAAAUUUGUUGAACGAGAGGUUAGAGUUGUGAAGGAAAUGUCGCACAUCGAGUCUAAAGUUCAGGAUGCGUCAAGUGCAGGAGUGUCUGGUGUUCAUAAGGGUCAGUUUCGUAAAUGCUUUGUGUGUGGUGGUUCGAAUCAUUUGUCGCGUGAUUGUUUCUAUAAGUAUGGUGCGAAACCUAAGGAUAGAUCUGCGAAAGGCAAGGGUGAGAGUAUGGCUGCUUUUGCUGCUAAGCAUGGAAGGUUGAAUGUUGCAAGAGGUGAGGUCGAAGGUGUAGCUGUGAAUGUGUUGCGAGAUCAAGGGUGUGAUACUGUUUUGGUUAAAACUAGUCUAGUGCCGAGGUGCAGAUUUACAGCUAAUGUUCGAGUGAAGUGUCCAUUCUAUGUCGGAGGUACUUUGGCUGCUUGUUUGGAAAAUCCCGUGUAUGAUUUGGUGAUAGGUCAGGUGGAAGGUGUUAGAGACGGAGAAACUGUCAAAUUAGGAGCCGUAACGACUCGACAGCAAGAAAAGCAGAGUAAAAUCAAAUUAGCUCCAAAGCUAAAGGUAAAGGAGGUGCUUGCUGAAAUGAAAGAUAAUAAUUUAGCUGAACAACAGAAGUAUGAUGUAACAUUAAAUAACAUACGAAAAUACGCGGAAAGUAAAAGGAGAUUUCAGAAGUCUGAUAAUGAAUAUCAUGAAUUUAUAGUAAAGAAAGGAAUUUUGUACAGGAGGGUAGUUCACGCAGAUAAUGUCACUGAACAAUUAGUUGUCCCGAGCGAGUCGAGGAAUGCAGUUAUGGAGAUAGCCCAUAGUUCACUGAUGUCAGGUCACUUGGGAAUAAAGAAAACGCUCACGAGAAUUCAAAAUAAAUUCUUUUGGCCCGGUAUGUCGUCUGAGGUGGCCAGGUUUUGUCGGUCAUGCGAUCCAUGCCAGCGCACCGUUGACAAGGGAAGAGUGUCACGCGCGAAACUAGGCAGAAUGCCGAUGAUCACCGAACCAUUUCAGAGAGUGGCUGUAGAUAUCGUCGGACCCAUCGAACCGCGCGCAGAUGACGGGUCGCGCUACAUCCUCACUAUUGUAGACUACGCCACACGCUAUCCCGAAGCCAUCCCGCUAAAGAAUGUGGAAACCGUGAGUGUCGCGGAAGCGUUAAUGUCUGUUUUCAGCAGAGUCGGAAUACCCAAGGAGAUCAUGAGCGAUAAGGGGAGUCAGUUCCGGUCAGAUGUGAUGAAGGAAUUUAAUAGGUUGCUAUCGAUAAAGGGUAUUAGCACGACACCGUACCAUGCAAUGUGCAAUGGAUUAGUAGAACGGUUUAACGGGGUGCUAAAGAAAAUGUUAAAAAGAAUGUGCGCAGAGCAACCGAAACAAUGGCCUAGAUAUAUUGCUCCGUUACUAUUUGCCUAUCGUGAUGUUCCCCAGGCCAGCACCAAGUUUUCACCUUUCGAACUCAUCUAUGGCCAUACCGUUCGAGGGCCACUUAGCUUGUUGAAGGACCUGUGGGAAGCGAGCGAGCGAAAUAUCACGGACGAAACUAGGACCGCAUACGAAUAUGUAAUCAAUUUGCGAGAGAGACUAGCGGAGACCUGCAAAGUAGCCCAGGAAGAAUUGCAGAAAGCAGGUGAUUCCUACCAGUAUUAUUAUGACAGGAAAGCAAAGAUAGAUACUUAA